AUGCUCGUGCUGCUUGCCAACCCCGCCCACCUCGUCAACGCCGAGUGCUCUGACGUCCACGUCGUCUUCGCCCGCGGAAGCGGCGAGCUGCCCGGACUGGGCACGGCUGGCCAGCCUCUCGUCAGCACCCUCACCUCCGACCUCGGCGGCAUGAGCGUCUCGUCCUACGCAGUCAACUAUCUCGCUGCGUACGACCAGACGAGCGCUGGUGCGGGCGCCACCGACAUGACCAACCACGUCGUGUCCGUGGCUCAGGAAUGCCCCAACACCGUGUUCGUGCUGGGCGGCUACUCGCAGGGCGCCAGCGUCACGGACAUCUCCAUCGGCAUCAAGACGACUCUGGGCUCUGGUAGCGUCAUCCCCGAGUCGCAGGCCAUCGUGACGUUCGGCAACCCGCUCAAGCUCUUCGGCCAGACGAUCGCGAGCUCCAGCUCCACGUACGGACCCAAGGCUAUCGAGUUCUGCAACCAGGGCGACCCCGUGUGCGCCGCCGGCUUCAACAUGAUGGCUCACCUGAUGUACCCGACGGACGGCAGUGUGACCACCGCGGCCCAAAAGGCUGCUGCGCUGGUGAAGGGUGGAGUCAGAGCGCUGCGUGCAUAG